CUCUGCUCUCUGCACAGCCCAUGGUGGGAGGAGGGUUUACUACCUUGAGCUGGAAGAGUUGGGCUCUUCGCCUCCUCACAGUUUCUUUCCCGCUUUCUAGGAAGAUCAGCCCAUCUACAUGGCGGUGAAGGGAGUGGUGUUCGAUGUCACUUCUGGAAAGGAGUUUUAUGGACGGGGAGCCCCCUACAAUGCCUUGACUGGGAAGGACUCCACCAGAGGGGUGGCUAAGAUGUCUCUGGAUCCCGCAGACCUCACCCAUGACACUACGGGCCUCACAGCCGAGGAGCUGAAGUCCCUGGAUGACAUCUUCACCAGAGUGUACAAAGCCAAAUACCCCAUUGUCGGCUACACAGCUCGAAGAAUUCUUAACGAGGACGGCAGCCCCAACCUGGAUUUCAAGCCUGAAGACCAGCCCCAUUUUGACAUAAAGGACGAGUUCUGAUGUUCCAUCCGCAGGAACAGGUUCUCGGGAGGGUGAGGCGGGGGGAGACAAGCAGGUGCGAAGUCUCCUGCACGGCAGGCUGCCUAGGCCUCUGGUCACCCGUGGACUCAUAACCUGGAAGGCCUAAUACCUUUUAUUGUCCUUGGUCAAGUGUUCUGUCCACCUGGGUGUCCUGCCUGCACGCCAGCCAGGGUAGCAAAAACAGCCGAAGGCAGAAGCCUCCUGCAGCUCGACGUGGGCUCUGUGGGUGGAAGAAUUAGGAGUGACCUUCAUCUCUUCUUCAUAUUUUCUGUACUUCCCGGAUUUCCUACUGUGACCAUCUUUGCUUUAGAAUAAGCACAAAAAUAAACUUAUUUUCGCAAAAGGAGAA